AACUUGUCAAAAUUGUCAAUGUCAGAAAAUCGUGAUCGAGGAUUCUGUAGCGGCGAACUCAAAAAUUAAGAAAAACAAUAAGAAUAAUGUAAAACAAUGGAUACAGUUGAAAAAGAAGAACGUCUCCACCGCAUAAAAGCUGGUGCAUUUUUAGCUACAGUGGCUGGAAUCUCAGCUUUCAUUGGCUUCGGUGCUACUCUGGCCAAAGCAAGGAAAACUGAUCCUAAAUACUUUAGCAAGGGCUUACAUGGCAGUGCAGAGCUAGCUGAUGCAGGUGCUAUCCUUGCCUUACGGGCUCUUGGAUGGGGCACAGUUUAUGCCAUUGCAGGCACCUCAUUUUUAUGUUAUGGCAUUUGGAAGUUAUCGGGAGCAAAAGAUUUGAAGGACUUCAGAGUGAAAAUGGGUAACAUGUUACCAGUUUUACCAAAGAACAAUCCACCUACAUCACGAACAGAGUUCACAGGUUUGAACGAUAUAAUGACAUAUGUAGCAGAAGAAUAUGGGAAACCUAAGGAAAAAUAAUUUGUUAUAGUC